UAGCAAUUUGAGGUUAGCUCGUAAAUGAUCAAGAGCGCUCGGACGUACAAAUCAAACUUGUAUAAUAUCAAUGUCAUAAGGACGGAAAGUGACUGAUAUUUAUUUUGUAAAAGUGAAAGUUUGUGAAAGCCACAAUUCGGAUAAACGCAAUGACAAGGAAUCAUUGCGGUGGAGAACGGUGUGACGUGCGUCGGGUGGCUCUUGUCAAUUUUAUUUGCUUAAAAAAUUUCGGUGCGAAGUAAAGAAUGGGACAAAUCGGUUCGGUCUGAAAAUAAACCUAUAACGGCUCCUUCUAUAUACGGUCACAUUGGGCUAUCUCAGGUAUUCGUAAGAGGAUAAGAACCUUUCUUCGAAUUGGAAAUCACAAUUGUCCGACCUCUCAGUAUGAAGAGUUCACAAAGCGAGACAGAUUACCAUUGUGUCGAUGCAUCUCUUCGUCACUGCCAAGAUAAUGCGUUGUAGAAGAAAAGCACUUAGCACUGCGUUCAAAAUUUUGUUCAAAGUUUUGCUCGCUUCGAGUUUUAUUCGCGUGACGAUUGUAAUCCGCGAUUGCUGCGAAGGUUAAGAUUGUUAUCUUCUACAAGUGGGGUAAACAAUCACCGUCGUCAAUCUACAGAAGGAGAAGAGGAGGAAGCAAAAGGAGGAGAAUAAAAGUAUAAGCAUAUGUGCUCAUAGCGCCGCAAAAGCAAUUGAGACCUCAAAGUUUUUAACUGUCUCAGUAACUGGUUACUUGUCGCGUUACGUUCGCGUGCGGAUAAAGUCAUUGUUUCGAUAUCGGGGCGUACAAGUGAACACAUCAUAUCACGUUGAUCCGACGUUUCCGACGUAUACGAUAUCUAAAACUGCGCGAAGAGCUCUCUCAUCAUUGAAUGACGAUAGCACGAUUUGAUGUAUCGAGCGAUAUAGAAGGCAGAAGAAAAAUAUGUCGUAUUGCAGCGAGCUGUCACUCUCGCAGGAGUAUCAGAGCUUUCGCAGUUCUGUACCGCUCAGAAAAAUCGUCCUCGACUCGGACGACUUGAAAGGAUGGAAAGUAUACGAUUCCAAUCAGAAAAAUGUCAAGUGCCCCCUCAUAUGUCUUCCACCGGUCAGUGGUACUGCUGACAUCUUUUUUAGGCAAAUAUUGGGUCUGGCUGCUAAAGGUUACAGAGUUAUUUCAGCUGAGGCACCGAUAUACUGGGGUGUGAAAGACUGGUGUGAUGGAUUCAGAAAACUGUUGGAUUAUUUGAAACUUGACAAAGUCCAUCUCUUUGGCGCUUCAUUAGGUGGUUUUCUGGCGCAGAAAUUUACAGAGGUUAACGCGCACUGCCCUAGAGUAGUAUCUCUAAUUUUGUGCAAUACUUUCACUGACACGUCAGUUUUCAGUUACAAUGAUUCAGCAUCAAUAUUUUGGAUGUUACCGUCUGUGGUUCUGAAGAAGAUGAUAAUGAGCAAUUUUACAACAGAAAAAGCUGAUAAAGAAAUUAUAGAAGCAGUCGAUUUUAUGGUAGAAAGGCUGGAGAGUUUAUCACAAUCCGAACUGGCUUCCCGUUUAACAAUGAACAGCGUAAAUAAUUAUAUACAGCCUCAAAAAAUAUGCCAUUUACCUGUGACAAUAAUAGACGUUUUUGAUGAUUAUGCUUUAACAAACUCAGUCAGAGAGGAGAUGUAUAAAUGCUAUCCAGAUGCAAAACUGGCACAUCUGAAAAGUGGAGGAAAUUUUCCAUAUCUAAGCCGAGCUGCCGAUGUUAAUUUACAUCUGCAGGUUCAUCUGAGACAAUUCGAGGGCACAGAAUAUGCAGCUUCAAAACUGACUGAUAGUUAGCAUAAUUACACUAAUCUUAGGUAAAAUUAAGUAUUAAUUAUUCCUAAUACAUGAUCUCUCUUUGUACAUAAUUUAAUCACGUUGUUAUUCCCAUAACAAUCUUUCCUCCACACACGAAGUUAAAGCAUUGCUGUGAAAAUGAUAACGAAGAGUGAAUACGAGAAUUCCUAUGAGCUCAAAUUCCUACUAAAGAGCAAAGUUACGCCAAGUUAUAUAAAAAUAUGUUAUCGUGUCAAAGAAGCACAUGCAUGCCAUGCAUGUUACAAUUAAACAAAGAUAAUCCCUGUUAAACGUAUGCAAAUGUUGAGAAUACAAUGAAAGCUUGCGCCUUUUGCAUCAGCUCGAGUUUGUGAUUAUUCCGAUUAUAUUUGUAUAAUAUACAUAUAUUGUUAUGGAAGAUAGAAUAGAAAUGAUUAUACAGCGCCGUUACUUAAUGUAUCGUAAAACAUAUUUUAGUUCUUUGAAAUAUAAGCAUUUAUAUUUUGUUAUAUUUAUACUUUCGUCUGUAAGAGGUGUCCUAUCUAUUGAUUAUCUAUUACCACAAACUCGAGUACUUUAAUAAUUCAUGAUAUAUCAAUAUAAAUAAAGAUAAACUAUAUACUUUUAUACCGAAUUUUGAAAUCUUAUAAAGUUUCUAGCAUUAUUAACUCCUUUUACAGCUGUACACACGUUUUAAGGUGUUUUUGUGCGACUUGAAGUGCGAUUAUGGUAUGCGAAAUAAGAAGUUUACCGUAGUUUGCUAGGUUGCCUGACCGGGAGACCGUAUAAGAACUCGCUUGGUAUCGAUUCCUUCCUGUAUGCUCUCGCGCGUUUCUCCUUUGCUAUCUCAGAUUACAGGGCCUGUUUCGCCCAGUAUACGUAUGACUCUACAGUCAAGGUUUCACCGGUCGCAAGAAUAACCUUUGGACGAAACUUCAAUUGUGUGUCAUAAUUAUACAUAAUUUCUCAGUCUUUCGUAUAUAAGCGUUUAGCAUCUUGUGUUUUACAUUCUUGUAUUUCAUAUUCUUAUGUAAAUCCCCGUGAAAAUAAAAGGAAAAAACAAAUAAA